AUGUACGGCAUCACUUCUAUCCUGACUAAUGUCUACGCUCUGCUCUUUCCCAAACUCAUGCUCGGCUCACUCAAGAUGAACUGGAAACAAAAAGAUCAUUCUGUCCCUGAUAAUGGGCUGCGACAUUUUGACUAUCAGAGCCGGAAUAGCGAGAACCUUCUGGCUCACCCGUCUUUGGAGAGGUCAGCAGAAUGUCACAGGUUCGCACAGCCAACUCAGACGGCUCAGGCCGCAAUCGCUGAACUUUUUGCAGCCGUGGGCUAUGAUAUCUUUGUUUGGACACUCUUGGAAUUGGACCUUGCCAUUAUGUGCGCAAGCGCUCCUGCCUUGAAAGCGUUCUUCGAUGUGUAUUUAGUGCAGCCGAUAACAAAUUAUACCAUGAACCGGGCGAGUGUGAGGAGUACCAAAUCAAAACGAACCGCUAGAUCCACAUUCGACGGCAAGAUGAGCGGCGAGAUAGGGAUCCCACGGUUUUCAUCGCCCAAGACGCCAAUGUCGCCGCCAGUAGAGACAUGA